AUGUCAGACACGAGGCCGCUGCCGCCCAACUACAUCGCACAGUUCGACGAGCGCUACAAGCGUAGCUUCUUUGUCAAUACCGCCACCGGCCAGUCAUCGUGGGAUGACCCGCGGCCCGCAUACUACGCGCAGCAGCAGCAGGGUGGCACGCGCGGCAUGGGCGGACCUCCUCCUCCCUCCUACUACCAGCAGGGCCCUCCUCCCCAGCAAUACCACCAGCAGCCGCCCCCCCAGCAGUACUACCAGCAGCCGCCUCCACAGCAAUACUACCAGCAGCCGCCUCCACAGCAGUACUACCAGCAACCGCCCCCGCAGCAGUACUCGCAGCCGCAGGCGGUUGUGGUGCAGCAGCAGCCGGAGCAGAAGCAGAGCUUCUUCAAGCGCAACCCGAUGAUGACCGGCUUGGCCGCCGGUGCUGUUGGCAUGUUCGCAGCCCAUGAGAUCGGCGAGCACUUUGAAGAGGAGCGCCAGGAGGCGUAUGACGCUGGGUUUGCGGACGGCGCCGAUGUCAACGAGUGGUAA